CUGCCCCCUCCUUCACUCUGGGAAGGAAUCUUUGCCCGCCCACGGCGCCCAGUGCGCCUGCGCAGCGGAAGAGGCCUCCACGUUUUUCCUCCAACUUCCGGGUUCUCUUCUACGAAGUCAACCAUAGACUUAGGAAAUGAUAGAGUCCCCGUCGGCUCUGGAGCUACUGACAUUGACCACUGAUGGUGUCCUCUCCUCUUGCUGAAUUUGAUGGACCAAGAAAUUAACAGAUGCUAGGAGCUGUAUUACAUUAAAAUGUGUUAGUACCAAUACACCUGUUGGAGAUGACAAUUGUGGCUGGCUGGCUGCCCACAGAAGUGCCCCACUUUGGAAGAUCCCACUAAAUUUUGCUGUUGCUAUGUAAACCAGAUCAAGGCAACAUAGGCCUUGGAGUAUUAGUUAUGCAUUCUCUUGGAAAACUCCCAGAUUCUGAAGCAGGAAGAGCUGUCACCUCACCUGGGAUAAGGAGCUGGAGGAGAAAUUGUUACCGAAAGUAUGGCUGCAAUGUUGAGGAACUGCGGACCUGGAGGAGAGAACAUGAAUCAGCCCUGAGAAGUGCACGAAGGUUGCAGCAGUUGAUCAGUAAGCGUCUUUUACGUGAUGAUACCUUGAGUGAUGAAGGGCAAGUUGGAACAGAUGUUGAGACAGCAGCUCCUUUCACUGAAGAAGAGGUUUCAGAGCUGCUGAGAAACAUCCAGAGAGGAACAGAAGCCCGGGCAAGAUCACUUCGCCGUCUUCGACAAGGAUUGCAGCAUAGAGAAACUCAGCAGAAAUUCAUCAGGAUGGAAGGCAGUAUGCGUGUGCUGAUUGGCCUCUUCACCAGCAGUCUGACAGAUCUGCAGAUGGAUGCAGCUCACUGUCUACAUGAACUCUCGCACUCCAGUGACCCUGAUGUGGCUGAGGCAUGCUUGCCAGCAACCUCCUAUCUCCUGACCUACCUCUCUGGGCACAGCAUACCCCUCAUGGAACUAUGUUUGUAUACGCUGGGGAAUUUGGUUGUUGAAAUGAAGGCUGUGAAGCAGCAACUUCUACCCCAGGGCAUUAUCCCAGUACUGGCAUCUUGUAUCCAGUCUCCUCAUGUGGCCAUGCAAGAAGGUGUUGGCUACGUUCUGUCACAGCUCUUGCAAUUAAGGGAAGCACCCACUGAGAUUAUACCCUUGAUCCUAGAUUCCACCAUCCCAAAAGACAUGCUUCGCUUGGUUUGUUCCAAUCUGGAGGAAGGAAUAGGAGCGGCAGUGGAAUUUGCAUGGGGUCUUCACUACAUUAUUAGCAGCCGAGUGAACAACUCACUGCUGAUCUCCCAAAAUAUUAUACCAUCACUAAUGCAUCUGUUGCUAGAACUGGCCUCCAUGAUAUCAACAGCUUCUGCUGAUGGUCUGGAAGUGUUUAUCUGUCCUGUGGUUCGAUGUGUUGCCAACCUUUUAGCAGAAGAUGAGGUUGAUAGCAGUCAACUACUGGGAGAGGAAGAGCGCCUGCUGAGAGCUUUGUCUGUCUUUAUACAGUUCUUCCUUCAUGAACAACUGUUCAUUGUUCAGGAGUGUCUAUGGCUUAUAAAUAAUCUCACAGCUGACAGCACCAUAUCAUGCUCUGCCCUGCUCAACUCGGAUCUCUUUCCAUCUCUGCUGCAGCUCUUAUAUUCUCAUCAGAUGGUGAGCUUGAUGGUGCUAACAGUGCUAUGCAAUGUGGCUGCUAAGGGUGUUGCCUACUGCCAGACUUUGCACCAGAAGGCUGUGCUUCCUUCCCUCAUUGGUGUGCUUGCCCUUCCUGAUUCCCAAGUGGUAGGCCAAGUUCUUGAACUGCUGAAUCUCCUGUUCCUUCACUGGCCAGAGACUACCACUGACUUCAUAGGUCAGUCAGGACUGCAAGCAUUACAGCAGCAUCAGAAUGACCUACAGUUGAAAGAUCAGAUCAAGGCCCUCAUUCAGACGAUCAGCCAGCCAGCUGCUCUCCCCCAGGAUUGUUCCCUUGAUGGUUCAGCUGAAGAACUACAGUUUACUUGUUUAAAAAUUUGAAACAGUAGCACAUACAGAUGAACUAUGCUGAUUUGUGACCAGUAGGACUGUUCUUCUUGGCAGCAAAUAAAUAUACGUACACCUGGUGA